UUGAAAGGAAAGCUACGCGACGCCAUUUGCAAUAUUACGCGUGGUUUUUUGGAAGCUGCUCUCGGCGGUUAUCGCUUGUGUAUUUGGAGACAGUUGAAUUUUUUAUGUUCGAAUAAAAGUUCCAAAUUAUAAAAUGAGCCCCACUAUAGAUCCAAGUAAGUUAAAAGUGAGUGAGUUGAGAGAAGAACUGCAAGCUCGAGGUUUAGAUACAAAAGGAAACAAGCCGGUACUUGUAAAGCGUCUCAAAAAAGCAUUGGAAGAAGAGCUCAAUAAAGAGUUACCAGAUACUUCAAUAGCUGAUACAUCUACUGAAGAUUUCGACUCUUCACGUGUUGAAGAAUCCAGUAAAAAUGAGGUUGAAGUUGAACCUGAAGCUGAGUCAGAGUCAGAAUCAAAGCCUGUGGCUGACCAAAAAGAUGACGAUGUAUCAUCACAAAUGACUGUUGAAGAGCCUAAUGACAGCUCUAAAAUUGCAGAACCUUCCGAUAACAAUGAAAACACAGAUGAUAAAGAAGAAGUACCUAAUUCUGAAUCUAAUGAAAAUAAAGAAGAAAUUCAGGAUGAUCAAGAAAAACAAGGAGAAUGUUCAGAGAGCAAUGAUGUUGAAAUGAAAGAAGUUUCCACAGAUGUUGAAGACAAUCAGAAGGGUGAGAAAAGGAAACGAACUGAUGAUUCAUCUGAGCAAAUUCAAAAGAAAAGACCCUUUAAAGUAACUGAAGAUGAACCAGAAAUAGAUCCUAGUAAAGUUCUUCUUAGUUGGUAUGAUUCUGAUUUACACUUGUUAGUUGAUAAACAAUCCUUCCUUUCUGCUAAGCCAUUACAUGAAGGGUUGUUUGGAUAUGCUUGGGCAGGUGUUCGAGCCACUCAUGGAAUUAAUUCUGGAAAGGUUCGUUAUGAAGUAAAACUCACACAAGAAAUGUCAUGGGAAGAUUUUACAAAUCAACGAAGAGAGAGACAAGAGAGAGCUAAAGAAAGGAGGGAAAAAGAGAAGCAGAGACUAAAAAGUUCCUCUGAUAAAAAUGACACAGGAGAAAAAGACUCCAAAAUUGAAGAGAAGGAUACUGAAGAAAAGCCCAAGGAUAUAAAAAUGGAAGUAUCUGAGGAGAAACAAAGCGAUGAGAAGCCUGUAGAUGUAAAAAUGGAAGUAUCUGAAGAAAAGACGAAUGAGGAGGAAAAUCCUACUGAUAUUAAUGACAAAGAUCAGACAAAUGAAACCGAAGAAAGUAAAGUGAAAACCGAAGAAACUGAUAUAAAACCUGAAGAAUCGACAGAACCUUCUCCAGUUGAAGAAAAUCAAGAUAAGGAAUCUUCUGAAUCAAAAGCUGAUGAAAGUGAGAAGUCAUCUGAAAAUAAGGUAGAGGAUGAGACACCAAAUGAAGAAAAGAAAGAAAAUUCUGAAAAGAAAUCUGAUGACCCCUCUACACCAAUUCUUACUCACAUAUUCAGAACAGGAUGGUCUGUUGAAAAGAGUAGUUUACAAUUGGGAGAGGAUAAUUUUUCAUAUGGGUAUGAAUCUACUGGUAAAUUAGUUGCCAAUAAAGAAUUCAAUGAUUUUGGGGGAUCUUAUAAGCUUGGAGAUGUUGUUGGUGCAUAUUUGAAUAUUUCAAAUGAAAAUGUAGAAAUGAGAUUCACUGUAAAUGGAGAACUACAACCAGAAGUGAAAUCAAUACCCCGCUCUGAAUUCCCACAAGAAAAUUUAGUCCUCUUUCCCCAUGUUCUGUCACGAAAUUUCAGUUUUGAGUUGAACUUGGGUUCUAAAGAGGAACCUUGGUUCCCUUGUCCAGAGGGUUUAGAAGAUUAUGCGUUCCUUCAGGCUGUAGAGGAUAAGAUCCAAGGUCCAGUAAGACCUGAGAAAAAGGAAGAAUGUGAGGUUAUAAUGAUGUGCGGUUUACCAGGAUCUGGAAAAACACAUUGGGUCAAUGAGUAUUUAAGAAGUAACAAUGAUAAGCUAACAAACGUUAUUGGUGCAACGCAUUUAUUGGAGCGAAUGACUGUUCACGGACAGCCUUUGAAAUCCACAUAUAAUGGGCAGUGGAACAUGCUUAUGGAAAAAUUGCAGAGAUGCUUGAACAGACUUGGUGAUAUCGCUGCUCAGAGGAGAAGAAAUUACAUACUUGACCAGACAAACGUGUUUCCAUCGGCCCAACACCGCAAAUUGCGGGCUUUUGAGGGCUUCAAGAGACGUGCUGUGGUUGUUGUAGUUGGUGAUGAAGAGUUCGCUAAACGCCAAUCUUUGAAGGAGGCAGCAGUCGGUAAAGAUGUCCACGAAUACACCAUUAUGGAAAUGAAAGCAAAUAUGGCCUUGCCAACCAAGGGAGAAUUGUUUGACGAAGUCCUAUAUUCAGAUUUGAAUGAGGAAGAGGCCAAAGCUAAAGUAUCUCAAUACAAUACCGAAGGGAAAACUGCAAUUAAUCAAAAAAAGAGGUUUAGAGAUGACAAAGGUCGAUUUUUCAAUCGUGCCCCCUAUAAUCGUGGAGGUAACUUUAGAGAUAGAGGACCCCCAAGGUACGACAGAGGACCAAGGGGUUGGGGUCAGUUACCUCCUCCAGGACGUAAUCCAAGAGACAGAAGGCCCCCACCUCCACCUGUGGCAGGAGGACGUGAUUGGAUGAGAAAUAACAGAGGUCCCCCAAGACCCGUACAUGACAGAAAUGUUAGGGACAGCAGACCGAUGAAUUUCAACAGAAAUCGUAACCAAGGCGGUGGUGGAAGGCCAAAUAACUGGCAGUCUGGAGGUAGCAGCUAUGGCCAGGGUGGAUGGGGCGGCCAGCAGGGUAAUUGGAGUUCUGCUAACCAAGGCUGGGGAUCUGGUUAUCAGCAGCAGGGAAAUUGGAACGCUAAUAGUCAGAACCAAUGGAAAUAUGGCGGUGGUAGCAAUCAAGGCUACAACCAACAAGGUUAUGGACAAAAUUGGAAUAAUUAUUAUGGCCAACAAUACCCUCAGAAUUGGUCGGGUCAAUAACUGAAGACAUUGAAAGGAUAGUUGAGGUUUUAAUUUUACUCAGGAAUCAACUAUACUCUCACAGAAUUUUUACACAUCUUUACAUUUAUAUCAAUUAAGUACUCUUGAUAGGGGCAAGAAUCAGUUGGGAGCUCCAAUCAGUAUGCACAGUGGGCUCAAUAUGCUCAACAGUAUGCCCAAGGACAAAAUGCAAAGUACACCAAUUCUACAGCUAAGAAAUGAAACCCCACCCGGAGGAAUAGAUAAAAGCCUUUAAUUUAUUCAUCUUUCAUCUUCUAGGAGUCAGAAGAUUUCCUUUAAUUUUAUAAUUGAUCGUUUCAUACUUUCUAAAUUGUUUGAUCUCUAAUCCUUAAGAUGUGUAUUUUUUUGUAAUAUUGUAAAAAUUGGUAAUAGGUUUAUUGAUUCUCACGGGGUUUGUAAUUUUAAUAUUGUAUAUAAAAUUCAAAGUACAAGUCAUUUUAGCUUGGUUUGUUUGAUGUUAGAGUGUACAAGUAUUAUAUUUUAUAUUUGAUUUAUUUCAUUAUGAAUUUCACUUAAGUGUAAUAUAAAAUAUCAGAUGAUGAUUGUAUUUACUUUAGUAUAAAGUAUAGACUUUUCCAGA